AUGCAUCGUCACAAGAGGAUGCACACAAGCGUGAGGCCCCACAAGUGCGAUCUCUGUCCCUCAGAGUUCACCAGGCUGCACCACCUGAAGGAUCACGUACGGACUCAUACUGGUGAGAAGCCAUUCAAUUCGUCCAGAGCACACACCUUGCAGCGUCACAAGAAGAAGAUACACACCGACCAGAAGCCAUACAAGUGCAACCUUUGCCCUGCAGAGUUCGUCCGAAGCACGCACCUGCAGAGUCACAAGAAGACACACAUUGGCGUGAGGCCAUUCAAGUGCGACCUCUGUCCCUCUGAGUUCACCCAGCUGCACCACCUGAAGGACCACAUACGGAUUCAUACAGGUGAGAGGCCGUACAAAUGCGUCCUCUGUCUUGCAGAGUUCAGACACAGUACACACCUGCAACGUCACAAGAACACGAACACGAGUGAGAAGCCACACAAGUGCAAUCUCUGUCCUGCAGAGUUCACCCACCUGCAUCAGUGCAUGAGUUGA